UCUGGUUGGAUUACAAAGAAUCAAGAACAAAAGAAAUCGACGAAAGAUCUAAUUCCCAUCGCCGGACUGUUUCAAAGCAUCGAAUGGAAUGAAACACCAAUAAAUUAGAAAGCAGAAUUAUCUUGGGUAGAUGAGUGGAAAGAGAGCUGAAAUUACAAGUUGUUGAAUGGUCGCAUUCAACUCCUCCCAAUUAGCCCCAGCAAAUUAAUUCGGUGAUACGAAUCGCGUAAACAAGGAAACGUAGAAGAAGACGAAAAAGGGAAGAUUUUGAUAAGCUUAUUGAGAUGAUAAAGAUCAUAGAUCGGACCUCUCUGCUGUUUCUCUCUUCCUUUUCGGUUCUGUUUAUUACAGGAUUGGCGGAUACCUCGGCCACAUCCAAUUCUUCUGACCAGAAGGAUUCGAGCAAGAAGUCGUCUGGAGGUUCCACGUGGCUGGAAGUCCUCCUCAUAUGCCUCGGCCUUGUAGCUGUAGGGGCGUUUUCUGUCUUCUUAUUCAAGCUGUGGCAAAGAAAGAAGCGGGAGGAGCAACACGCUCGCCUCCUGAGGCUCUUUGAGCAGGAUGACGAGCUUGAAGUCGAACUUGGCAUCCGGGAUUGAGCUUCGAUCUUUCCUCCUGGGAGUCGGAAAGAUCCGAGAACGAUCACCACAGCUGUGGCUCGACCUCUCUUUUUAUACUUGGAACAUAGUGUUCAGUAUCUUUGUCUUGAUUCUUGAGGUGUGAUUGUCAAAUAAUAACAUUUGUAGCAUUUUCAUUCUUGAUUUUGAUAUUUAUGCAGUGAUUUGUUAAAAGUUAAAACGAUA